ACGUGCGUGCGUGCGACGGACGGCGAAGGACCGAGUUGCGUAAAGAACCGAUCGCGCGACCUUCCCAGUUGAUGUGUACUCUCACCUCCGAUGUCGACGAUGCCGAGACUGAUCGGCGUGCGAUGACACGCCCGCGCCGUCGCUGACAACGAAUAACAGCGAGUGCCCGCAGGGUGCCGAGAGAGCCGCCGGAGCGGAGACUCGCGCGCGAGGACUCCGUGAACCUCGCGACGGACGCGGAAGCGGAAUCGCGGCGAGUCGAUUCCGACGCCGAUGCUGCCACCGUACUCUGAGAGAUCGCACGUAGGUUAUCGCGCUGCUGACGAGCGACAUUGCGAUUCCGCAAACUUGCGAGUCGAGUGCACGAGAGAGAGGUUGUGUCCUGUGUCCGAACGAGACAACUUCACGUUUGAGCACUUUUGAUCAAAGUCCUCCCGACGCGCAAAAGCACCGUCGACCGCUCCCUUCGCGCUUUCCCGGGAAACGCACGGUAUCGCCUGAAGUUUGCGCUCGACGAUCGUUCGCUCGAGUUUCUCCGAAAGUGCGCGCGUUCAUUCCGGACGAUCGCACCUGUGCGUCUGCGGCACGCUUCACACCGAACGAACAGUCGAGCGAGUUUCGUUUGCCGUGCGAGGGCACGUCGCGUGACGCGCGCGACGCGGAAUGCUCGUCAUUCGGACACAAUUGUGUGGCAGAUUAAGCGUAGAAGAAACCGUGAAUCACGAAGAGAUAUAUGACGAUUCGAUGGCUUUAGUCAUCCGUCAACUUAAAUUCUUAUCACAAGCGCUUCACGCUGGACGUGCCUGAUCGGCGUGUUGUGUCAUCCGCGCUUCUGACAUUAGACAGAUGCGACUGGACAGUCGCAUUUAGAGACGUCGCGGCAGUGUCGUGCGGUGCAUUACGUGCGAAUUUUAUUGGUCGCCAAAUUUAGUUUCGUUAUCCGCAUUCGAGCUAGAGUUCUGACACAAAUAGCUGGUGUCACGGUGAUAGCGAGGAGCGGCUAAUCAGGGCUAAUUACGCGCGAUACGUAUCGAUGCGACCGUCCAUUAGCGCCAACAUCGAGUGCCCCUCUUUUUUUCUUCCGCUUAUCAGACGACGGGAAAGGGACGAGGAAUUAGCUUAGAGUAGUCGACGCAUCGCGAUGGAGAGACGCCGCCCGACGCGGGGAAAGAAAAUCGACGUCGUCGGUGCUACCCGAUAAACGCGCGCUAUUAAUACGGACCUGUGUGUUUUGCAUCGAUACUGGCCGCACGCUACUUCACGUCCGCGUAACAGCACCGAUCACAGCACACGAGCGAAAUCGCGCUCGUCCCCGCCGCAGGAGCGAAGUCCAGCGAAUCCGCAGCAGUUCACACUUCGCUCCGAUCAGCUCGGAUCGCCAAGUGCACGAUAGCAGCUCUCCGUUGCGUGGACGCAUUUUGCAAUCCAGUAGCGCGGCGACGUGCGGCCGCUCUUCACCGUGUGCUGCUUCUGCUGCCGCGACGCGACGUCGUCCUCACGAAAUUCGCGAAGUUCUGCCCGGCCAUACAUGGUGCAAUCGUCCAAGAUCCUCGUCGAGGCCUUACCUUGCUGCGCGACCUCCUCGAGCACGGACGAAGGGUCGACGUGAACUCACUGAAGCAAAAUAGAUAGAUGACAACUCUUUCAGAAGGAAGGUAUGGCAAGCUUGAUGGUGAAUACUUCUAGUAGUAAAAACAGCUCGCGCAGUGGAUCUCCCAGUAGAGCACCUUCGACAUCUCAGUCGCAUCAACAACAACAAUCAACCGCAAACUUAGAUCAUACUCCAAAACUGCGUAAUGCUCCAAUUUCUCAAGCAGGAGAGGGUAGCACAGGCAGUGGAAGUAGUGGUGGUGGUGGUGGUACUGGAAGUAGUUUCAGCAUGAAAGGCAGUAGUAGACAGAGAUCACCAGGAAAUUUAAUUCGUGUGGGAGAUGCCAUGGAUGAACCAAGUGGUACUUCGAACACUGCCGAACCAGACGAGUUUGUGCCAAAUAUUCAUCCACCGACUGAUGAUGAAGGAGAACAAUAUCAUGCUACCCAAUCGUUCCUAUCGAAUGGCUCCUCUGAAUUGAUAAGUGAUGAUGUCGACUCCAGCGCAGCGCGGGUUCGUCAAGCUAUCGAACAUAUUCAAAGUAAAAUUGCCAAGACACGGGAGCAGAUAAGAAUAGAACAAACCACGCGGGAUGAAAACGUUAAUGAAUAUUUAAAAUUGGCCGCUAAUGCGGACAAGCAGCAGUUAACUAGGAUUAAAACCGUAUUUGAGAAGAAGAAUCAAAAAUCGGCGCACAGUAUUUCGCAGUUGCAAAAGAAGUUGGACAGUUACACGAAAAAGCUGAGGAAUUAUGAGAUGAACGGUGCACCUGCGAGUCACAGACAACCGAGGGAAGUGUUACGAGAUAUGGGUCAAGGGCUUAAAAAUGUGGGAGGAAACAUCAGGGAUGGAAUCACUGGUUUUUCGGGAACCGUAAUGUCUAAACCGAGAGAAUUUGCUCAUCUUAUCAAGAACAAAUUUGGAAGUGCUGAUAACAUAAAUACUUUAUCACUUGAGAGUAAUGGCUCGACUUUUUAUGUAAACGAUACACCGCAUGCAGGUAAUGGUGAUAAUACUAGCGUUGAGGAGGAUAAAGCUCAUCAUGGCUCGGCUACGCUUCCCGGUGGGUGCAGUCUGGGCUCCACCCAAAGCGCGGCGGCGAUGAAGUUUCCAUCUGAGGAAGGGUCCGAGUGUUCCAGCGUAACUAGCGAGAGUGGACCCGGUAGUAGAGGACAGCCGCACACGUGUCACAGUAACAACGCAGCUCUCAGUCUCAAAUCCAUUUUCUCCGAACUACAGGAACAUCGGGAGAACCUCGACCGGAUGAGAGAGAAAUUAGACAGUAUAAAGACGUUACAGCAGGAAGUGACAUAUCUUUCUCAUUCCCUCCAAGAAGAACGUUUUCGAUGCGAACGUUUGGAAGAGCAGAUCAAUGACUUAACCGAGCUUCAUCAGAACGAAGUGGAGAAUUUAAAACAGACCAUUACAGACAUGGAGGAAAAAGUGCAAUAUCAAAGUGAAGACAGAUUACGAGAUAUACAUGAAAUGUUGGAAAGUUGUCAAACGAAAAUCUGUAAAAUGGAACAUCAGCAACAACAACACCAACAAUACGUAACACUGGAGGGUCUGGAUAACAGCAAUGCAAGAGCAUUGGUCGUAAAGUUGAUAAAUGUAGUAUUAACAGUAUUGCAAGUCAUUUUGCUCCUUGUUGCGACAGGUGCUGGUAUUAUGAUGCCUUUUCUCAGAACUAGCUGUACUAAGCCUCAUUGUUUCAUGUGCAGGGUGCGUAUAUUAACAACUACACUCGUUGUGCUGGGCAUAGUAUUUGUGCUCAAGCAAUGGCCUGAGGUACAUGAUGUUGGUAGUCACCUCAUGCGCCACCUUAAACAGACCCUCGCCAUGAAGUAGCAUUGGUGGAAUACUUAAAUUUAAUGAAACCCUGUGAUGAAGCUGGACACUACAUCGGACACUGUAUUGUUUGAAACUUUGCAUCCAUUUAUCAGUGUGUAGCAUUGGAGCAAUAAUAGUAUGUAUAUGUGUAAAUAAGUUUACUUGUAUUUUGGGUUGUUUAAAUUCAUUACUAUCAUUACGAUCAUAUUAUCGUUGUUUUUACCAUAAAGCAUAAGUAAUAUGUAUUUUUGAUACUAUUAUUUAAAUUAAUGAAGCUGUUUUGCUAUAAGAGAAUACACAUUUUAAAUUAAUUUGUACAAAUUUUCAUUAAUUUCAUAAUUCACGCGUUACUUCAAUUUAAUUUGACAUUUGCUUUCUUUUUGUAUGAUUAUGAUAUUAGCGAUGUAUAUUGUUGGACAUUAGAAUUGACGACAUUAGAAAUUCCUUCGUGUUAAGGCACGAGAAAUGAUUCAAACGUUAUGCAAUAUUGCUUGAUUUUAUAUAUAUAUAUAUAUAUGUAUGUGUGUGGUGCAUCGAAAGUUUGAUUUCGCAUAUCAACAUGUAUCAAUAUAUUCGUACAUCAUUUCUUCGUAGAUGAAUUGUCAAAAUAACAAAGAAAACCAAGUGAGAAAUUAUUGUUUAACAUACCAGAUUUAUAUUGUUAAUACAUACCAGAUUACUGUCUUCAACCUUUGGGGGUCUUUGGUCCAGUCACAAUUUGUCAGUGUACAAUCGAUAUGUUUCGAAUCUGAAAUGUAUGUGUCUACAAGCGAUAUACAUAAAUGAAAAAUUUGUAACAUCCGAAUCGUCCAAUUGCUAAACAAUAAUAUAAAUUAAGGCAGAGUUCUUAUAUCACUAAAGAUAGCUGUUGUUCGGCAUUGUAUAAAGUAGUACGUAUUGUAUACCAUUUAUUUGUUAUUUAUAAGAUCCGAUAAAGAGACAAGUUCUAGUUCAAAUGCAAGCUUUUUAAUUAUCAUUGUUGUGCAUUGCGUAAAAUAGCUGGUGCCGCGCAUGUAGCGAGAAAGAACAGUGAAGAAUUUUAUCGGAAAUGACAUUGAGAGACAUCACUUUCAUGGUAUAUAAUUGUGAAUGAGAAACUCGGAUGAAAAAGGGAAGAAAAUUACGUACAUUGCAUGUUUUGUUGCAUCAUCUGAUACCAAAAGAGGACCAACUGUCUCUUUCCUCUUAUCCUACGAAGAUUUACGACGCGUUGCAAUUAUGUGUACAAGAAUGGAAAAUUAGGGGUGAUUUUUUAUUAAUUCAGUGAGUCAUUCUGAUAAUUGAAGACAUAAAUCUACGUGUAUAUUAUAACGAGUGUGUAAAGAAUUGAACCAUGACAGUUAAUCGAUAUGAGAGAAAGACUGAAGGACUACGUUGCUGUAACAAUUAUCUUUCUUUUUUACAUUGGCGUGCACUAUAAUUUUAAGUUUUCACUAUCGAAAACAAUUUCUUACGACAUUAAUACCCUACGCGAGAUAAAUAUAAAUUUAAUAAAAACCUGGAGUAAUCGAGUAAUCGAUACGCGAUAAAACGCAAGAGUUAGAAUCUUAGCAACGUUUUUUAAACAAAGGCUCAAUAUCGGUUUUACGCUUCUUCAGUGCUUCAUCACUGUUUAACAAUAUACCGUAAAUGUAGUUUAUAUAUUCAAUAUUUUACAGAACGCUUUUCUAGUUUUUCACGAUCAAGGUGACCCAAGGUGUCUGAGCACUAUUGUUAUUCAACGUGAUUGCAGCAUAAUGCAUAUUAAAAUGAAUAGGAAGCGUUUGUAAACAUGUCUCGUCUCAUUCAAAUAAUUACAUUAUGCUGCUAUCGUCAUGCACACAUAUAGAAACUUUAAUGUUUAUCCUUAUUUUAUGCUAUAUGUGUGGUUUGCAACCGAAGUAAUUGCUAACAUUAAAUUACUUAGUGUUUGUCAAUUUAAUGGCAUAUAGUGAAUACACAACAGUGCAAAUCCCUACCCAGAAUUUAAUUCAAAACAGCUGCCUGUACUCUCUCUCUCUGUAUAUAAAAGAAAUAAUUUAAGUAAUGUAUUUUACUGUGUCUCAAUAUAUACGGAUAUUUUAUGUUUGACGGUAUAUGCUGUUAUAAAAUCUGGUAUUAUUUCGUAAGCUUUCAACGAAGAGGAAAUUCGUAAUAGACUAACAGUAUACGCAUACGGAAAUGGAAGGUGUGAUAAAGUAAUUUUACGCUAUUACGAAGAGAUAUUCACAAUUCGUCCAUGAUCUCAAAGCAAAUGGAAAUUUGAUGAUAUAAUAGUGUCUUUGCUUUUUCAAAUAUACGUAUUUCUCCCGAUAUCUAAUAAAUUUCUCACAUUUGCAUCCAUUGGCUCGUAUAUGGACAAUUAAUUUUUCUCGUAAAAAUAACUAAUCUCUGAGUGUUCAAUAUCGUUUCCUUACGUUCCUAGUAAAUGUUAUAUUUCGAAUUUACAUAUAAAUCGCUGUGAUUAUGCUAGGUUUAUAUAUAAGCUUAACAUUUAAGAAGCUUUGGGAUCAAUAUAAUCACACUUGGGAGAUACCAGGAGAUCUAUAUACGCUGUACAUAUACAGAUAUAUUUCGUGUGAAAAUCGUGCACCAUUCAUUACGAUAUGUAAUGUUCAACAAACAGCAUAACCGACAAAUGGAGAUGCGUAUUUAUUGAAUCGAAUAACUUCAUCUCGCAGUACCCUGUUUUCUUUUAUAAAAAAUACAUAUAUUGGGUUGACUAGAAAGUCCAUGUGGAUUUUCCGAUCAACCCAAUGACUAAUCUAAAAUAUGUAAGUCCAUUUAGUAUUAUAUAAUUAUAAGUAGCUGAAGUAUAUAGGGUGUUAAACACAUGUAUUAAUGUACAUAGCAUGUUACGUUACAUUUGUAAAAUUUUAUCAAUGUAACAAUGUUUUACUUGCGUUUUAUCGUUUUCCAAUUUAAUUUUUACAAGAGAUGUACCACUAAAGAAAACAAACGUUCUGUUCUAUGUAUUGUUACAUGAUACACCCUAUAUAUUUGUAAUUUUAGAUCAUGGUGCUUUGUAACAUACGUAUUUAAUACAUUCUUAGACAAUUCCUUCAUGAUUGACCACCGAUUUAGUGAGGGCCCCUUGCACGCUUGCAAAAUAUUGUGCGACAUGUAGAGGAAAGAAACCAAAUAUUAAAUAUUAAAGUAACGGACAGUGUUUCAAAUUGAAAUUGUAAGGGAUUAUUAGAUGUAGGAAAGAGUUCUAUGCUUUUCUAGUAAAAUCCAGAUUUUGUUUUAAAAAGACUUAUAAAUAAUACUUCAGAGUAUAAUAAUGCAGAGCUCGUCUGUCACCGUUGUGAAUAGUUUUACGUUUCGCAUUCAACCGAUUGCAAAUUAUUUCAAUUGAAUUUUAAUAAGCUCCACUUUAUGAAUUUCUUUAGAGUUUGCACUGCAUUUUAAUUUGCCGAUAAUUACAGUUUGUUAUUUCUAAAUUUCUUACUAGCGCUGUUCCGUAUGCGGAACGUCGCCAGCUUUUGAGAUCAAAAUCUCCCUUGUAACAUUUUCGACAGUACCUUUUGCAUGAACGAAUUAUCAGAUGCAAACGAAUCACUCAUACGGCUUCAGUACCAAGUGCUUUUUAUAUUGCGAUCUGAAUUUGAAUUUUGGUGAUGAAAAGAAAAUAUAGUAUUAAAUGUACGAGUAAGAGAGAAAGCAAAGAGCCCUUUUCUACAUCCGAUAUUAAACAACGAUGAAUGUAUUUUGUACCUCAUUGAAUCGUCGUAUAAGUUUCCGUUUUUCUACUUAAAACUGUUUACAAUUUUAUAUGUAUUUUAUAUUUAUGAGGCUACGUCGUAUAGAUGUGUAUACCGUAUAAUUUGCGACGAUCAGUGAUCCAUCUCUCGGGAAUAGUUUGUCGUCGUCUGUAGCUUAGGGGCCCCGUAUGUAGAUACGGAUUAUUAUGUAUAUCAUCGAUGCCUUGCGUAGGUAGUUAAUGUCAAAUUAUAGAAUAAAUAUUCGUUGUCAAUUGUAGAUCGCGGUAAUAGGCAGAGCCAGCAGCAGCAGUUACUAUAAAGGUUGUUACUACGUACACAUCCAUUGUGCAUACAUGACAGCUGCAUCCAACUGGUAUUUAAAGUAAUAAAAAAAGAUACUCCAAAAACUAAACGUUACGUAAAUCCAUGUCCGUUUUUCGACACGUCGAUACGUGUGUUUUCCGCGUGCACAUUGCAUCAGCGAUGCAUUUAUUGCUGCUGGUAGACCAGCCCGUUGCGAUUCACGUUAUUUCGUAUUGUCAAAAUAAAACGAAUUUUUAAUAA